AUGAUUAUUGCACCCUUUCUUCUUCUUCUUCUUCUCAUUAUUAUUAUUAUUAUUAUUAUUAUUAUUAUUAUUAUUAUUAUUUCUCCCCUUUUUGUUCUUCUGCUUAUUAUUAUUGCUCCCCUUCUUGUUCUUCUUCUCAUUAUUAUAAUUAUUAUCGCUCCCCUUUUUUCUUCUUCUUAUUAUCAUUAUUAUUAUUGCUACCUUCUUUCCUUCCCAUCAUUAUUAUCAUUAUUAUUAUUGCUACCUUCUUUCCUUCCCAUCAUUAUUAUCAUUAUUAUUACUGCUACCUUCUUUCCUUCCCAUCAUUAUUAUCAUUAUUAUUAUUCCUCCCCUUCUUCUUCUCAUACUUAUUAUUAUCAUCGAUACUUAUUAUUGUUGCAGCCUUUUUCAUUUUCUUCUUCUUCUUCUUUUUCCCAUUAUUAUUAUUAUUGCUCCCCUUAUUCUUCUUUUCAUUAUUAUUAUUAUUAUUACUAUUAUUAUUAUUAUUAUUAUUAUUAUUAUUGCCCCCUUCUUUUUCUCAUUAUUAUUAUUUCUUUUCCUCUUCUUGUUCUUCUUCUUCUCAUUAAAAUAAUAAUAAUUAUUAUUAUUAUUGCUUCUUUUCUUUUCUUCUCAUUAUCAUUAUUAUUGUUAUUAUUAUUGAUCCCUUUUUCUUCUUCUUUUCAUUAUUAUUAUUAUUAUUAUUAUUAUUAUUGCUUCCCUUCCUUUCUUCUCAUUAUUAUUAUUAUUAUUAUUAUUGAUCCCAUUCUUCUUCUUCUUCUUGUUCUUCUCAUUAUUAUUAUUAUUGCACCCUUAUUCUUCUACUUAUUAUUAUUAUUAUUGCUCCCCUUAUUAGUCUUCUCAUUACUAUUAUUGCUCUCCUCCUCCUCCUCUUUCUUUUUUCUUCUCCUUCUCCUCAUUAUUAUAAUUACUAUUAUUGUUCCCCUUUUUUCUUCUCCCUCUUAUUUUUAUUGCUACCCUUCUUCUUCUUCUCAUUAUUAUUAUUAUUAUUAUUAUUAUUAUUAUUAUUGA